ACUUCCAACACUGGUCAGAUCCCUUUGAUAACUUGGGUUGGAUAGUUGGAGAUGCUUUUUCUCCAAAGAGUGCUCAGCACUGCACAGCUGCCUGGGGUGGGGAUCACCAUCCUGGGAUGGUGGGCACUGGGGGGGGUGGGCUGGGGAGCUUGGAGAGCUUUUCCAACCUCAGUGAUUCUGUGGUUGUAGGAGAGAGGAGCAGCAGUGUCUGGUGAUGCUAGGCAGUGACACCUCUCCCCUGCCAUCACUGGUGUCACCUGGUUUCUCAGCAUUGCACAGGAUGGGGGCUCAGUGACUGCAGUGCAGAGCUGGGAUGAAGUGCAGCUCCAGUUCCUCUUUGUUGUUGGUUUUUUUUCCCUUUGUAAUCUCUUCUGCUCGGGAAGAAUUUAGGUCUCUAAAAAAACCCUCAAAGCUGCUUUGUGUGUGAACAGCAAGACAAAGCCUCGCAAGGCGUUGGGAGGAUUUUGGCCUGAAAGCCACCUCUGUUCCAGCACUGAGCCCAUUGGCUGCACUCAGCUCCCAGCACUCCUUCCUGCACUCCCAUAAAAACCCACAUGUAGCUCCAGGAGCCUCAAAUCCUGCACUGAGACAAUGUACAGCCAGUGAGUGCUGCCGGGGCUCUCCUCUAUAUGGGCUGGGGGGGGUUGUUGCUCCUUGGGGCGGUGAGGUUGGGAUCGUGUGGGGUUUUGGGGCACUGAAGUGCUGGUCUGUGUUAGAGGCAAGGACCAAGUGCCAUGCAAACUGUGCUUUGCUAUAGGUAGGAAUUGGAGCUUAGCAAAUAAUUCUCAGCUGCGUAUUGCCAAACACUUUGCUUAAAAAUACAAAAAUUAUUCAAGACUUGGGAGAGGUAAGGUGGAUGUUUGUUACUGAAAGGUGUCCUGCUUCCUGAUGCAUCAGAUGUCCUGGGUUUGUCCCUUGUGCCAAUCAUAUACCACUUGUUGGGGAUGAGGGGUCUGCUGUCCUGCUGCUGGUUCCCCCUCUGUACCCCCAAGAUCUCCUGUUGUUUCUGCCUGCUCUCCUCAUUGGUUUUUGCAAGCCACAGCUUUGUCCUCCCAGCACCACUUGGAAGCUGCCAAUGUAGGUCUGAUGUCCCUUGCAGGGUGGAGCAUCCCGCAGGAGGCUACAAGAAGCUCUUUGAGACAGUGGAGGAGCUGUCUUCCCCCGUCACUGCCCACGUCACAGGCAGGAUUCCCACCUGGCUCAGAGGCAGCCUGCUGCGAUGUGGGCCUGGACUCUUUGAGGUCGGGGCAGAGCCGUUCUACCACCUCUUCGAUGGCCAGGCACUGCUGCACAAGUUUGACUUCAAGGAGGGACACGUCACCUACCACCGCAGGUUUGUUAGGACAGAUGCUUAUGUGCGAGCCAUGACAGAGAAGAGGAUUGUGAUAACUGAAUUUGGUACCUAUGCCUACCCGGACCCAUGCAAGAACAUUUUCUCCAGGUUUUUCUCCUACUUUAAAGGGGUGGAGGUCACUGAUAAUGCCCUCGUUAAUGUCUACCCCGUUGGCGAGGACUACUACGCCUGUACGGAGACCAACUUUAUAACCAAAAUUAACCCAGACACUCUAGAGACAAUUAAGCAGGUGGAUCUCUGCAAAUACGUCUCUGUGAAUGGGGCCACAGCUCACCCCCACGUGGAGAACGAUGGCACAGUUUACAACAUUGGCAAUUGCUUUGGGAAAAAUUUCUCACUGGCCUACAACAUCAUACGGAUUCCUCCACUCCAAGCAGACAAGGAGGACCCAAUGAACAAGUCAGAGGUGGUGGUGCAGUUCCCUUGCAGUGACAGAUUUAAGCCCUCCUAUGUGCACAGCUUUGGCCUGACCCCAAACUACAUCGUAUUUGUCGAAACCCCGGUGAAGAUCAACCUCCUCAAGUUCCUCUCCUCCUGGAGCCUCUGGGGAGCCAACUACAUGGACUGCUUUGAGUCCAACGAGACCAUGGGGGUCUGGCUUCAUGUGGCAGAGAAAAAGAAAGGGCGGCUCCUCAACAUCAAGUACCGGACCUCAGCCUUCAACCUCUUCCAUCACAUCAACACCUUCGAGGAUAACGGCUUCCUCAUUGUCGACCUCUGCACAUGGAAGGGAUUUGAGUUUGUUUACAAUUACCUCUACUUAGCCAACCUCCGAGCAAACUGGGAUGAGGUGAAGAAGCAGGCAGAGAAAGCCCCCCAGCCCGAAGCCCGCAGAUACGUGCUGCCCCUCCGCUUCGACAAGGCCGACACAGGCAAGAACCUGGUCACCCUGCCCUACACAACAGCCACUGCGACGCUGCGCAGCGAUGAGACCAUCUGGCUGGAGCCAGAAGUUAUUUUCUCAGGGCCACGCCAUGGUAAGGUGACAGCUCUGAGCCACAGAGGCAGCAUGAGUCCCAUCAGCUAUCCGUGUCCUGCUAAUCUUCAUGCCAUAUCUGUUUUUGUAGCCUUUGAAUUUCCACAGAUCAAUUACAAGAAAUAUGGUGGGAAGCCAUAUACAUACACAUAUGGGCUUGGACUGAAUCACUUUGUUCCAGACAGGCUUUGCAAGCUGAAUGUUAAAACAAAGGAGACCUGGGUGUGGCAGGAGCCAGAUUCGUACCCAUCAGAGCCAAUCUUCGUUUCCCAUCCAGAUGCUCUGGAGGAGGAUGAUGGGGUGGUGCUGAGCAUUGUGAUCAGCCCCGGCUCAGGGCCAAAGCCUGCCUACCUCCUGAUCCUGAACGCCAAGGACAUGAGCGAAGUGGCCAGGGCUGAAGUGGAGGUGAACAUCCCUGUGACUUUCCAUGGACUCUUCAAAAGAGCAUGAGUGCUGCCUGCAACAGACC